AUGCCGUCUUCCAAGGGAAAGCCGACAGAUCCCGAGCUGCGGGAGGAGAUCAAGGAGGGCAAGUUUUCCCCGUCCCAAUGGCAAUCCAAUUCCAUCCUGGGCUUGCAGGAGCCAAACAAAUCAGGAGGUGGUGAGGGCCAAUGGUCCGCGUGGAAGGCAUCCAAGCUGGCCAAGGAGUACGAGAAACAGGGAGGAGGCUAUGAGAACGAGCCAGGCUCCAAGAACGAGCCGAAGAAGGGGGAGCCAGAGCCCAAGAGCGACAGCAAGAAGAAGAAGGAGACCGAGGACUGA